GAUGGACAACCGGUUCACUCUCGCCCAUCUGCCCAUCAUGGCAGCGGUCCCCCGCCCUCGCCCAACGCCUUCAACGACUGCUUCCACUCCGUCACCACUUGCCAGUAUGAUGCUGUGCAGCGGUGCUUCUAGAGAGAGGAUCCCACGCCCUACAUGCAGGCUACUGAUCAAGUGAAUACGGGGAGGGGGAUGCGUCAAUCACGUUUGGUGAGGGAGAUAUGCGUGGUUUGUGUGCCGCUGUGUCUGUCAGACGCUCAAGACGUGUCUGCACUUGGCUGUCAAGGCGGGGUCUGCAGAUCUGGCGCACUUGUUAUCACCCUCGGGGCCGCCAUCGAAACCAGAGAGCGAAUCGGGAGGACGCCGCUGCACUUGGUAGGGCUGAACAGACACACGGACAGGUAGACCGACCGACAGACAGACAGGCACUCGACCGGCAUUGUGUCUGAUAGGCGUGUGAGUAUGGGCACGAGAAAGCUGUGGAGUGCCUGUUACACGCUGUGGCGAACCUGGAGGCCCGCGAUGGGGUGGGUACGCGUGUCCAAGAAUACGCAACAUGAUGUGGCUCUUACGGCUUUGCGUCGUUGCAGCUUGGUCGCACGCCGUUUCAUCUGGGUUGCUGUUCGGAGAAUCGCAAAGUCGUUUCCAUUCUUCUGCACUCGAAGCCAUCGCUCAUCCAUGCCACCGACAAGGUGACGAGACACGACAGACACAACGAGCAGCGCCGCAGCUGCUUUUGCUGUGCCGUGCAGCAUGAGCGCACCGGUCUGA